GCCGUGCUACCGUGCCGGCUCAACAAGGCCCGGUUUCUUCGCCGGCGAAUGGCGAUGCGAUAUGCUCUCUCAACCAGACGACAAUUCAACACCAAUCUAAUAUAUCAUGUUUUUCUUUGUUAAUUCUACAUAGGAAAAAAAAAACAAAAGGAAAUGUCUUCUUUUAUACUUGUUUAUACAACUGCGUAGUAUCUAUAUGUCGAGACGGUAACCUUUUGCGGCGUAGAUCCCGUGGCACCGAUAACGUAUCGAGCUCUAUUUCGAUCUGGCUUUUUCGCAAAAUUAUAUAUUUCUCCAAGCGUAGCGUUGAGUGUUUUCAAGGACGAAAAUAAUUGGGCAGAUAGAACCACCUGGCAACAUUGUAAAGACGACCUAGAAAAUUCCAACACGUAAGCUCACCCGACGUCCAAGUGCAUUGCCUUCUGCGAGUUCUAUAGAGCGUGUAUUUCCAGCGCUCUGGUGCCAUGUAACAGUGCUGCUUUUAGCCAAGUGCAGAUUUCUGAAGGAUAGCGACAACACGGAAGACUAGCGGAGUGGAUUUUAAAAGUAUCGAAUAACAAAAAUUCAAUAAUGUCUUCAUUAAAUUUGCGCUACACGAGAAACGUCCUCAAUCGUCUUACCCUGAAACAAAGGCUAUUUUACGAGAAGAAUGGUUUUCUAAUAUUUCCCCGCCUCAUACCACAAGAUGUGCUCGACAAAUGUCACGAAAGAUGUAACGAAAUCGCCGAAGGAAAGCCACGGCAAGAUAUGAUGAUAGUAAUGUACGAUAUAAAGGACAGAAAAGCGUUAACUAAAAUACAAGAUAUGCAUACGGAUCCGAUAUUUCGUCAAUAUACCGAACACAAGAAAAUUCUUGACAUAACCGAGUGUUUUACGGGACCAAACAUCAUGGCGAUACAUAGUAUGUGCAUCGUGAAGCCACCCGAUAGUGGAUUUGGAAGUUCGAGACAUCCACCGCAUCAAGAUCUGUACUACUUCCCGUUGCGACCAGCCGAUCAUAUAGUAGGUGCAUGGACAGCCAUGGAACCCUGCGAUAUUGAAAAUGGAUGUCUCUAUGUAGCGCCUGGAUCACAUACUUUAGGAAACUUGUAUCCGCAUGGUUAUCCUCCGGAGUCGGAAGGAGUGGUGAACAAGUUUUAUCAUGGAAUACACCAAUUACCUUCGAAGUUCAACAAUUGGGUAAAUCUUGAGAUGCAACCCGGCGACACAGUAUUCUUUCAUCCGUUGCUCAUUCACGGAUCUGGCAUUAAUAAAUCCAAGAGAACGAGAAUGGCGAUUUCCUGUCAUUAUGCAGCAGCAGAGUGUACUAUUGUCGAUAAUGAUCCGGUUCAGGAAACCAUCAGGAAAGAGAUUUUAGAGCUAUUGAAGAAAAGGCAACCCGAUAUGGAGAUAGAAUACGCGGACGUAUGGCGUUUUAAAUCUUCGCUCGUGCGCGGUCUCCGUUCCUCUUAUUGAAAACGUUUAACUGUAUUAUAUUCAUUUAGAGGCAUUCGUUUUCUACAAGGCUAUUAUUUUACCAUGAGAUAAUAAUUAGAU